AUGAAUCUAAAUUUAGAGGAAACAAAUCAUUCAUCAUCAAUUUAUUUACAAUCAGUAAACUCCUUAAAAAAUUCAUUAAAAUAUUAAAAUUUCAUGAGUAAAACUAAACUAACAGUUAAUGAAAUAAAAAAUAUAAUCAAAUGGUAUGAUUUGAAACGAAAUCAAAGAAUAAUUAGAUAAGCAACAUUACCUGAUUAGAAUAAUGAUUUUUAAAAAUAAAUCAUUUAAUAAGGAAUAAUUAUUAAUUAAAUGCAACAACAAAUUAAUAAACAAUUUAUUGAAAUGGAAAACUUAAAAAAAACUAUUUAUUAAAGAGGAAAUGAUAAAUAGAAUGGAUUUCAUUAAAAAUCUAAAUCUUCUAAUGAAGAUUUUUUGGAUAAAUAAAUCCAUUUCAUGAAUAAACAAUAAAACAUAAAUUUUUAAUAGAUUGAUGAGAAUUUAGAAAACUAGAUAAAGUCAAUAAUAUCAUAAGAAUUUGAUAAAAUCUAUAAAUUAUUAUCCUAAUAACUAAAAAGUGAUAUAAAUGAUAUUAUCUAUUAAAACAUUUAAGAAUAGAUUUUUUUAAGCAAUAACAACUCUCCGAAACCAGAAACUUUAAGAAAAUAUUCAUAAACAAAAUAAUAAUCAGAUGAUUCUUAAUAAAAUAUUAAUGUUAUUGUUGAAUGUCUAAAUGAAUAAAUUGAUGAAUAUGUGAAUAAUAAUUAUAAUUUUGAUUAAUUGAAAACAAAGCUGAAAUGUUUGAAAUUGAAAUAAAUAAAUUUACUUUAUGAAGAUUUAAAUUCUUAAUGCAAUUAAAAUUAACUUAAAGACUAUUUUAUAGGUCCUGUAUAAUAACUAAAAGAAUUAUCUUAUACUUUUAAAGAAUCUAAGUUAUUAGAUUAUGUCAAUAAAGAACGGAAAACAAGAGUGGAUAGUAAUAAUUUUUAUGCUGUAUUUGGAUAUUAAUAUUUGGAUAUUAUAUUAACACAUGCAGAUGAUUAAAAUUUCGAAACAUUUAUGGAAAACAUUAAGGGAAUUCCUUUUGAUUUGUAUAAUCAUUAAUAAGAAUAUACAAAAGAAGAAUAAUAAGAAUUAAAAGAGAUAUUUUGUUAUCGAUGUAUUGAAUUGAGAUAGAUUGAAAUUUCAUAAAGAUCAAAUGAACUAUGGAAUUAAGUUAGUAAUAUUAAUAAUUGUUUUUAUGGAUUAACUAUGAUAUUCAUUCGAAAUUUAAUAUAAUAAAUAGUACAAUCAUCAGAAUUAAAUUAACAUAUAAAUAAAUAAGAUUAAGAAUAAUUCUUUAUAAAAUUUUUAGAAUGGAGUACUCCUUGUCCUGAAGCUGAAUUUAUAAUGGAAAUUUUAUCACAUGAAUUAGAAUUGUAUUAUAUUAAUUUAUAAAAUAGAUGUAUAAUAUUAUUUUAUUUAAAAGAAGAAAGAUAGGAAUUUUCACUAAGAAUAUUUGGAGAUGAAUAAAAUUAUUAACUUACUAUUUUAUAACAUAGUAAUGAUUAUUAUUCUAUUGGAAUAAAAGAUUAAAAUUGA